AUGGCGGUCCUUGCCAGGGGUGUGCUCAUCAACUCUCUUCAGCUCUGUCUGUUUGCUUUCAUUAUAGGGUACAUUCAAAUUUUAGCUGAGUCAACGGUACUCAUUCGCAUUGAUAGAGCUCCACCGGCACGGUCUAGAUACUCUUACGCUGUUUUCCGGUAUUCAGUAGUAACACUCGACGGCUCCGAUGCAUGCAAAGACAGAAUGUGUUUCGUUCACUGUCAGCUUGAUGGUCAAACUCUGAGUCCAUGUCCAGCAAAGGUUGUGGUAUUGAGAAACUUGACAGUCAACAGUGAUCACGAAUUUCUUGUCAAUGUGACAACUCCGGAUGGACAAAGAAACUCAUCAGCUCAUUCUUGGUUCAUUGAUACAAUACCGCCAACUGCAACAAUUUUUAGUGAAAAGGAUUACACAAGUGCUGAAAGAAUAUCCAUUGAUAUCACUUUCAGUGAAGCUUGCACCGGGAACGGUGGCUUCAGUUGUGUGAACUCAUCAAGCUGUGAUGUUAUAGUGCAAGGUCCAGCCUAUGUACAUGGAUCUUCCUUACGCAUGAUUAAACCUAGCAUUGAAUACAGCCUCGAUGUAAUUCUCUCCUUUACGAGUAUGAAUGGUCGCGUUGUAAUCAGAAUGGCAGAUAAAUUUUGUACAGAUCAGGCAGGAAAUAGCUUCACAAGGACAAAUGGUUCCACUAUAAUCAUUCACUUAGAUAGAAGGCCAGUGGUAGCAGAUUUCUGGACCUCUGUUCCUGCCUACGAAUUAGUGAUGAAUGGAGUCCCAAGAACUGUCCUAGCAACUAAUAAAAUGGAGGAUGUGCAAAUAUUUUUGGGCUUCAGCAUGCCCAUUGUAAACACAACAGAGCAGGUCCUAAAUGCAAUGAUUGUCAAUUCGGGUAAAUUAAUACCUAUUCAUCGCAGAAAUCAAGGAAGCCGCCAGUUUAAUUUCCAAAUCAGGAAUAUAUCUAGAACUGAAAUCAUGGUGAUAGAAUUACAAGCUGGAUUAUUAGUUGGCAGGACAGGCACUCCUGUCUCACCAGUUCCCUCAAUUACAUUCCUUUACGAUUCCAUGGAGACUGGUGUAUCACUGAGUACUAGUUCUCCAAAUGUUACUAAGGACCACAGCAUCAAUAUAGUAGUUGAGUUUACAAAGCCAGUUUUUGGCUUUGAGGUCUCAAUGAUAAAUGUGGAUGGAGGUAGAAUAACAAGGUUUAGGGAACUUUCAAGAGCUCUGUACUCCCUGAAUGUACUAGCAAUCACUGAGCAUAUGGUAUCAAUUAAUGUUUCUGCAGGGAAGGUAUAUGAUAUAUCAGGCAAUCUUAACAUGGCAUCUAACCAACUUGAAGUGAAACACUACACAACUCCUGCAAUAUCAAUGGCAUUGCAGUCAUUUGUUAGUGCCGGUAUAUUAGCAACAUCAUUAGCAGCUGCUAUUCUCUCAAUUUCAAGUGCACAUCUUGGAGCAGUGGGAAUUGCUUCUGAGAGAAUCAAUGUUGUUGCCUCCGACUCCUUAAUGAACCUACAUGGUCUGGUUGGACACCUUCAAGUUUUUGUCCUCUCAGACUGGCUCUCAGUUAAUCAACCAAUUGAAUAUUUCGAGACAACCAAAGGUCUUUGGUGGCUCAUACCUCGUCACAAGCUUCCAUGGAAAAAUGAUUGUGGUUCAGUUUUGCACCACCAUGUCUACUUGGCUGAAGAGAAUCUUCAGAGGAAAUCAAUUGCCUUGUCUGCUGGAGGGUCUUCACAUAAAGGGGCUAUAUAUGAGUCAUAUCCAGUAAAUUCUUCAUUUAUGUGCAAUGGAGUACCAGUUCCCAUCGAGAUGGGUCCCACGUCUGGUUGGCUUCUUGGGCAGCAUAACAUGCAUAUGACUCCUUAUGGAUUACCCCUUCAUUCUAAUGAAUAUUUCAUGUAUUUCUUGAGAGGAGAGCCAUUGUCUGCUAGUAAUGUCAUCAAUGGAAUGGAGAAUUACCUAGGGUGGGAAGACCUACUGAUGAACUUGUUUUGGCUUGGUAUUGGAGGAGGCAGUUUAGUCGUCAUCCAUUUAUUGAUAUUACUUUUCCUAAGAUGGAGAACAGGAACGCCAUCUCAUGGUUUACUUUCAGUUCCCAGAUUCGAGCUCUUUCUUCUAAUUCUCAUGCUACCUUGUAUCUCUCAGUCCUCGACAUUUGUUAUAAAAGGUGGUACAACAGAAGGAAUCAUUACUGGAGCUUUGUUGCUGGCCAUCCCAGCAGCUCUUAUAAUAUCGGUGUGCCUUUUUCAAUUGAUUGCAAUCUUCUCUGGAAGUUAUGUUCAGUACAAGGAGAUCAAGCAUGUGGCUAGAAAAGAACUGUGGUCUACAAGGCUUUGGUAUUCUUUUACAGGGAGACCUAGUGCUGGAAAGUGGUUUUACAAGGAAGGGAUUCCUUCAUCUUUCCUUCCACGAUUUGGGAUUCUCUUUGAAAGUUUGAAGGGUCCCCCAUUGUUCUUCUUUGUUGAUCAAAAUGAACCAAACAGCAUAUCCAAGUGGAACGGUAGUGGUUAUAGUGGUGUUGGGAGGAUGCAACAAGUCAGCUUGGAUGGCAGCAUGGAAGAAAUUAAGAUUCCUAUAUCGAAAAGGAUCUUGGGAUGUGCUAGAUCUUCCUACAUAAUUAUUGAUCUUUCAAGACGGGUCUGCUUAGGGAUCAUAUGCGGAGCUUACUCAUCAAGGAAAUCAAACCAAAGCAUCUUUGCACUGAUGAUUACUCUGGUACAGUACAUCUAUCUAUUUACUGUCAAACCAUAUAUCAGCAGGGGAGUUCAUGUUGUGGAAAGUAUUUCUCUACUGUGUGAGGUUGGCGUCUUUGCUCUAAAUAUCAAUAUUAAUGGCUCAAAUCCCAUGAAAGCGAGAAAUGCGGGGUUUUUACUGCUAUCUCUUCUCUUCCUUACCUUUGUUGCCCAAAUUAUCAAUGAGUGGUAUGCCUUGAUGAAGUUCUUAUUAAGAUUCUCACAGUCGCAAAAGAAUUCAUUCAAACUUGGUCUAAAGUUUGCUGCCAAGGGCCUUAUCCUCCCAUUCCUUCCAAAGAAGCAAUGGCCAAGAGUCAUACCUGCAUCAUCGCAUCCGAAAACAGGUCUACCUCCAGGUCCAGAUACCAAAUCUGGAAGGAGAGACAUGAGAGCACCAGGCGGUAACACAAUUAGCGCUAUGACUGCAACUGUAGUCCCUGUACUCAGUCCUGGAUCACCUGGCCCUAAUGUUCGACAAAUGACAGCAGGUUCCUCUACUCCGGAGACUACAUUAGAUAUGCGCAGAGCAGUGGAAGCGAAACAGCUAAAGGGACAGAAACUAGAGCCGAAAAGUGAUCUGAAGAAACUGAGGGCAUUGGCAAAGGCAAGUUUUUCAGGCGAUACAAAUUUUGAGGAAGCUAGUACCAGCUAUGGUCCUAAACCCUGA